AUGCAUAAUUGUGUUACACCUCCGUCGUCGAAACCUAAUUUAAAUACAGAGUACUUUGAGUAAUUUGGCGCACUUUGUAUCUUCGGUACCGACAAAACCAUCAUGGCCCAACUGUUAAGCAGCGUGUUGCUCACAUCUUCACUGUUGGGAAUUUUUGCGAAGUCUCCCCUGAAUCAGGAGCUUAUUCGAAAUGCACCCUCGGCAACACAUCAACCGGAUGAUGCGGUGUCAAUACAAUAUAGAUUAAAUAGUUAUAGUCAUUCUACACCCCUAAACUUUGUACAACAUCACACAAUAAGAUCUCCAACGCAUGUGCAACAUCGUACCACCCAAACGAUAAGGAAACCAGGUUCAUUCUCAUAUUCUUCGUCGUCCAAUGGCUUUGGACAACUUCAAACCUUUUCUUUACCUUCUAGUGUAAUUCGCCAUAGAAGUUUUACAGUACCUCAUCUACGCAGCGUCCAAAGACAUAUCUCUCCGUAUGGCCAUUCUUCAUUUGUAACAGAGCGUAGAAUUGGGCAGCGUCAUUUACCAUAUCGGCCGAUAGUAUUUUAAUAUGUAAAGUGUCCCGAACAAACUGAUUACAUGCAUAUGGUAAAUGUAGUUUUUAGUUAUACGAAUGUGCAGUGCAAGUACCUUUGAUCAAAAUACCAAUAAAAUAACAAUUCAAAGAGUUCUUAAUUUAACCAGAUAUUGUAAAAGUCUUAUUUGACGAAAAGUGUUUAUAAUACCAUGACUUUAGUGUUGAUAUUGUUAAUGAUAAUUUAGUCAGUCAUUACGUGACGAAUAAACGUGUUAGAGACGCUUUUCCUGUAAAA